AUGGCAGGACAUCACGACCCCAAACUUCUAUACACGAUCGCCAAUGUCAAGGCAUACCACAUCCAGGGCGGUGAGGAGCAGGACUUGACGCCGUCUGGCCCUCAGACACUGUCUCUACUGAUGGUGCCCACCUCGUCGCCCUUCUCGGAUCUGUCGUCGACCAUCCCGCAGAAUGAAAUGCCCGAAAACGACUUCUACCUGCACCUGAACCUGCCCCCAGAGCUGGAUCUGCCCAUGCCGGCCACCACCCAGGUCUACCACCAGCCUCCCCACUCAUAUCUAAUCCCCCGCUGGGAUCUGGGCGCCGACAGCGGCAUCUUCACCCGCAUCACCUUUGACAGGAACAUCUCACCCGAGGACCACGAUACUUUCGAGACCAUCCUGGCACAAUGCACUGCUUUCCUUGAGCGUGCUGCCCCUCCCAAGCCCUCGCGUCCUCUAGAACAAUACGACCCAAGAGAUUAUGCUCCCGGUGGCAGAUAUCACGAUGCCAAGGGUUCUGGACACGGCCAGGUCGUGCUCAUUGACGAAGACAAUGGCAGCAUCAUCGGCGAACUGGCUGGUGAUGCCCACAUUGUCGAGGACUCGUCCCUCAACCAAGGAACCAAGAAUCCUGUCGAACUCGAAAUCUCCGCCGACGGAAAACGUAUCAGCGUCACCCCUAUCAGCGAAGAAUACCUGCAAAUGGCCCGUCACCCUGCCUACAAAGACAGUGGCAUGGUCCAAAAUGCUGCAACUGCCUCUCGCUUCAUCGUCACCUCUAGCAGCCGUCUCGGUAACAUCUUGACCGCUGGUGCCGAGAACUUUACUCAGAAGGUCAAGCCUGCCGCUAAGCCCAUGGAGUUCAGCCCUGCCGCCCACGAGCGUGUCCGUAAGAUCAAUGCCUUUACAAACAGUGCCGCUGGCAUGUCCGCGAAAACCGUCGGUCAGGCAACCAAGUACGCUCAGAACAUUGGUGCCAGAUUUGGCGGCAAGAAUGAGGACCGCUACAAGAAGGGCUUCGAUGCCAAUGGUAAGCCUCUUGCCCAAGACCAGUACAAGCCCGGUCUGCUCAACAAGAGUAUGAUCGCCUUCUCCACCAUUGCCGAUGGUCUAGCCACGAGUGGUAAGCAUCUGCUCGAGCAGAGUGGUUCUGCUGCAACAACCGUUGUCGGCCACCGCUAUGGCGCGGAAGCCGGAUCUAUCACAUCCAGUCUCGCUGGUGGCGUCAAGAACGUCGGUCUUGUCUACAUUGACGUGACAGGUGUCUCUCGUCGUGCGGUUCUCAAGUCAGUUGCCAAGGGAAUGGUUGUAGGCAAAGUGCGCAACGGUGGCCAGGUCAUCGUUGGCGGUGGAGAUGGCGGUGUUGUCGAAGACGAGGAUAUGAGAAAAGCUGGUCUCAAGAGCGAUGGACAGCCUGCACAAGGCCCCGGAUAUGGCAAUGUUGGCAGUGUUGAAGGAUACGGCAUGCAGAGUGGACCGCCAGCAUACACGAGUGGUGUCGGCGAGUCCCUUGCCGGCCAGCCUGCCCCACAGCGCGAUGUGAAGGGCAAAUAUGCAUGA